AGCGGUACCUUUCUCUCUCUCUCUAUCUUCUUCUUCUUCAACAUAUAUGGGUUCACGGGUUGACCCGGAUUUCUCACUGCACAUAGUUGCCAUACCGUUUCCGGGAAGAGGCCAUGUGAAUCCCUUGAUGAACCUUUGCAAGAUCAUAGCAAUGGAGAGACCCGAAUUUCUAAUCACCUUCGUGGUCACUGAAGAGUGGCUCGGAUUCCUCAGCUCCGAUGCUAAACCGCCGGCGAACCUUCGGUUUGGUGCCAUAGAUAACGUCAUUCCUUCUGAGCUGAUCCGAGCGAAAGUUUACGUUGAUUUCCUGGAAGCCGUGCAUACAGAAAUGGAAGCUCCCGUCGACCGUCUUCUUGACAGUCUUGCGCCGCCGCGGGCGAGCGUUAUUAUCUAUGACCUAUUUUUGUCCUGGGUGGUGGGUAUUGGGAGUCGGAGGAAUAUUCCGGUGGCGUGUUUUUGGCCCCAGUCUCCGACGAUGUUCUCUCUUGCGUUUCAUUACCAACUGCUUCUCGUCAACGGUCAUGUUGAUGCCGAUUUGGCCGAGAAAGGAGAUGAAGUGGUAGACUACAUCCCUGGAGUUUCUUCAAUUCUUGUCAAGGAUCUUCCGCCGCCAUUAAUCCAUGGCAAACAUCUAGGUCCAGCUAUGCGUUCGCUUCUUCUUGAUGCUAUCUCUGCAGCACAGGAAGCGCAAUACCUUGUGUUCACUUCCGUGGCGGACCUGGAAUCUGCCGCCAUUAUUGAAGCUCUCAGACCUAAACUCAAAACCCCUAUCUAUUCCAUCGGCACUGCAAUACCUAAUUACUUCCCUAUCCCUACCCAAGAACCAGAUUACCUCACCUGGCUUGAUGCUCAACCCGCAUCUUCCGUGUUGUAUAUUUCUCAGGGAAGCUUUCUCUCACUUUCAGCUGGGCAGUUGGAAGAGAUCGUCGCCGGCGUCUGUGAAAGCGGAGUUCGUUUCUUCUGGGUGGCGCGUGAAAACGCGGAGUGGCUGAGGGAGAGAGGCGGUGGCGGCGAGCAAGGGUUAAUAGUGCCGUGGUGUGAUCAGCUGAGGGUGUUGCGCCACCGUUCUGUUGGCGGCUUUUGGUCGCAUUGCGGGUGGAACUCUACCAAAGAAGGGGCGUUCGCCGGCGUUCCUUUUCUUGCUUUUCCGAUAGCUCUUGAUCAGUUCACAAACUGCAAGCAGAUUGUGGAGGAUUGGAAGAUUGGGUGGAAGGUGAAGAAGGGGUGUGAUAAGGAUGGUAUAGUGAGAAGAAGAGAAAUUGCACAACUUCUGAGGAGAUUUAUGGGGUCUGAUGAGUGUAAUGAAAGUAAAGAAUUGAAGAGAAGGGCAAAGCAGAUUGGAGAGAUGUGCAGACAAUCUUUAGAAGGUGGAUCAGCUAAACACAAUCUUCUUCAAUUCAUUCAAGAUAUUUCAAGAAACUGCAAUAAUACUUAAAACUGUGCACCA